CUCGGAGGACCGAGCUGGCGCUGCUGCUGCUGCUGUCUGAGCGUCUUCUGCGUCUUUGGUUUAAUUUAUUUUUGGAAAUCAAGUUCAAUAUUAAAAAGAAAAAGCACACAUUAUUGGAAGCCAUUUCUACUAAUCCGUUACAUUUUAACUUAUGAUUUGAUUUGAAUACUGUCAUGGGAGGAGCUGUGAGUGCUGGGGAAGAUAAUGAUGACUUAAUUGAUAACCUUAAAGAAGCUCAGUACAUCCGAACUGAAAGAGUAGAGCAAGCCUUCAGAGCCAUUGACCGCGGAGAUUACUAUCUGGAAGGCUACAGAGACAAUGCUUACAAAGACUUAGCCUGGAAGCACGGGAACAUACACUUGUCAGCACCUUGCAUUUAUUCUGAAGUUAUGGAAGCUUUGAAACUUCAACCAGGAUUAUCUUUUCUUAACCUGGGAAGUGGAACCGGAUAUUUAAGUACAAUGGUGGGCUUAAUUUUAGGUCCUUUUGGAAUAAAUCAUGGGAUUGAACUUCAUUCAGAUGUGGUGGAAUAUGCCAAGGAAAAACUGGAGAGCUUCAUCAAAAAUAGCGAUAGCUUUGAUAAAUUUGAAUUCUGUGAACCUGCAUUUGUGGUGGGUAAUUGCCUUCAGAUAGCUUCUGACAGUCAUCAGUAUGACCGAAUUUACUGUGGAGCCGGAGUCCAGAAAGACCAUGAAAACUACAUGAAGAUCUUACUCAAAGUUGGGGGCAUCCUGGUCAUGCCUAUAGAGGAUCAGUUAACACAGAUUAUGCGGACUGGACAAAACACUUGGGAAAGCAAAAAUAUCCUUGCCGUCUCCUUUGCGCCACUAGUACAACCUAGUAAGAAUGAUAAUGGCACACCGGAUUCUGUGGGGCUCCCCCCUUGUGCUGUCCGGAAUCUUCAAGACUUGGCUCGUAUUUACAUCCGACGCACACUUAGAAACUUCAUAAAUGAUGAGAUGCAGGCCAGGGGAAUUCCACAGAGGGCUCCACCCAAGAGGAAAAGGAAGAGAGUUAAACAGAGAAUUAACACUUACGUAUUUGUAGGUAAUCAGCUCAUCCCUCAGCCUCUAGACAGUGAAGAGGAUGAAAAAAUGGAAGAAGACAGCAAAGAAGAAGAAGAAAAAGAUCACAGCGAAGCCAUGAAGCGUGAGGAACCACCUCAGAACUUAUUGAGGGAAAAGAUCAUGAAGCUUCCGCUCCCUGAGUCUUUAAAAGCUUACUUGACAUAUUUUAGAGACAAAUAACUUUAAUAAAAAAGAAGAAUGCCUACUGAUAAUUCCUUUCCUCUUGUAAAUGUAGUGUUUAUUAGAAGUCAGGAUUACUUCAUUAGAAUGUAUUAUCUCAGAAAAAAGCAUAAGUUAUUUCUCUUAAUGACAGAAAUUAUGUAUUCAGUGAUUUGAAAGAGUCUCUUUCCUAAAAUCUAUUUUUCUUAAAUAUUGAGAAAUUGCUGUUUUAGCACAGUGAUCUCAAAGUGGAAUGUGUCAAUAGUCUGAACUUUGUAUACAAUAAUUCCUUUCUGGUUCUUCAUGGGUUUGUAGUGUUGGGGGUUGAAUUUCAUUCUAUAAGAAGUUGGUACAUUGUUACACAUAUAUAGAUUUAUUUAAAUUGCGUUUUGGAUUUUCUUUAUGCGAGCUUGCUUAUCUAAUAAGGAAAGCAAAUGCUUGUAGACCUACUUACCUUUUCUUCUAGACAUAUUCCGGGCAACAUAUGAGUGCAAUAAUAAUUCAAGAUAAUGAAUAAUUUAGCUUUAAAAACCACAGACUUCAUGCAAUGUUACAGGCCUGAAACUUUUGCUUUUGAAUCUAUUGCCAAAAGACACAGGGAAAAUUCCUGCUUCUCUCAUAGAGAUUUAAGAGCACAGCAAUUGAAUGUUAAAGUAGGAAGUGGCUAAUUGACACAACUAGUUUGUAUGGGCCCUUUGUAUUCUCAGUAUUUAAAGAUGAUGAGGUUAUCUUAACUUUAGAAUUUUAAAUGGUAGUAAAUUUAGGAUUGCUUUUCUAUAAUUAGCUAUAAAGUAUUAGAUUGGAAAAGACACCCAUCAUCCCAUUUGCCUCUAAAUGUAGACAGUACGUCGUGGUAAGUGACCAUCACUUCUUAGGUACCUGCAGUAACAGGGGUUGAUGUAGUCAGUUGAGGCACUUCAGCAAUGGGUCUUUUACUUAAGUGGAUAUUUAUCUUUGACAAGGUAGGCCAUGCUCGCCUCAUCUACUCUAUCUUUCUAGUAUAGAUAGUCAUGGAAAUUGUAUAUAGAUGCCUUUGUAUUAAAGUUUGGUUCAGAAUCAUAGUGGGAUGUCUGGAACACAUGCCAAGCUCAUUUGCCUUUAUUCUAUGGUUUGUUUGGUUUUUUUGGUAAAAUGAUAAUGAGUUUCACUUUUUGUUUAUUGUUACAUUCUUAAGCUACGUAGGAUAUCUGAUGAAACAGGCAGUGCAUGCUGUUACUAGUUCUUUCCUCCUAGUAAGGCCUACACACAAUUCUUCCUUGUUAAGAAGCUGUGUGAUAUGACCUACUUACUACUUGGCAUCACACAGAUUAUGUGUUUUUAAAGGGAAAGAUUUCAAGUGUCUCAGUUAUUCCCAUCAUAUCACUGUCAGAGCAGCUGCUCAGAUUUGCCUAAGGAAAUGCAAACAUGAUGAUUCAAAAGUUUUAAGUAACUCAGCUUUGAUAAUUCUGCAUUUGUGAAUCAGUUAAAAUAGUUUAAACAUGAAGUUGACCCAAAUAAUUGAUAAUGUUUUAGUAAUAUGAGAGACAAAAUUAUCGAAAGAAUUCAUUGGACUCUGGGUGAAAUGAGUAUGUCCAGUUUUUCUUAAUAUAAUUAGUAAAUAUUAUUAAGAAAUACCCUAUCCUGUUUCUGUCUAAAAAAGAAACCUCCUUCUGCCCACCUAAGGUGGUACUGGGCAUUAAACCCAGGACCAGAACCUCAUGCAUUGUAGGCAAGCAUUCUACAACUGAGAUGUAUCCUCAGACCAUCAUUCUGUUUUGUUCUGUUAAAAAAUUGUUUAAGAAGUUUAAUCUUGAAUCCCUGGUACCCAUAUAGUUUUGUCCGGGAAGAACCUUCAUUUUACUUGCCCAUCCUGUCCUACAUCUCUUUAUUUUUUUCUUGGAGCUGAUGUACAGAUCUGAAAAUA